ACCCGCCCGUCCGUUUAUUCGCUUUUUAUGCCUCCCCCCGCCCUCCCCGCGCCGUUCGUCGCCGAAGUUGUCGCCCGGCCAGCGAGCCCCCGGGGGGAAAUGUCCCGGUUCCCUCGCGUGUGAUGAGGAGGAGGAGGAGGAGAGCAGCAGCACCCGGGGGGUCUCCGCCGUGAGAGCCGCAGCCGAGACCGGUGCCCCGUCCCCCGCCACGUCCGCCCGUCCGUCCGUCCGUCCGUCCCCGCGGAGAUGAUGCUCAACUCCGACCAGGCGGAGCUCGACCUCCCCCCGCCGCGCUCCGAGGCCGAACCCGCCUUCGGCGGCGGCUGCGGGGGCAGCGCGGAGGGCGCGGGGGGGGUCGGGCCGUGCCCCCCGGGCCCGGGGGAGCCCCCGAAGAAGGAGCUGCAGCACCUGAGCCGGGAGGAGCGGCGGCGCCGGCGCCGGGCCACGGCCAAGUACCGGACAGCCCACGCCACGCGCGAGAGGAUCCGCGUGGAGGCCUUUAACGUGGCCUUCGCCGAGCUGAGGAGGCUGCUGCCCACCCUGCCCCCCGACAAGAAGCUCUCCAAGAUCGAGAUCCUGCGCCUCGCCAUCUGCUACAUCUCCUACCUGAACCAUGUGCUGGAUGUUUGAGAGCCCCCAGCUCGUCUGUCUGUCUGUCCGUGUGUCACAUCUGCUGCAUCUCCUACCUGAACCACGUGCUGGAUGUUUGAGUGUCCUACCGCGCGUCUGUCUGUCUGUCCGUGUGUCACAUCUGCUACAUCUCCUACCUGAACCACGUGCUGGAUGUUUGAGUGUCCUACCGCGCGUCUGUCUGUCUGUCCGUGUGUCACAUCUGCUGCAUCUCCUACCUGAACCACGUGCUGGAUGUUUGAGUGUCCUACCGCGCGUCUGUCUGUCUGUCCGUGUGUCACAUCUGCUACAUCUCCUACCUGAACCACGUGCUGGAUGUUUGAGUGUCCUACCGCGCGUCUGUCUGUCUGUCCGUGUGUCACAUCUCCUGCCUGAACCACGUGCUGGAUGUUUGAGAGCCCCCAGCUCGUCUGUCUGUCUGUCCGUGUGUCACAUCUGCUACAUCUCCUGCCUGAACCACGUCCUGGAUGUCUGACUGUCCCAGCUCAUGUCUGUCUGUCUGUCCGUGUGUCACAUCUGCUACAUCUCCUACCUGAACCACGUCCUGGAUGUUUGAGAGCCCCCAGCUCGUCUGUCUGUCUGUCCGUGUGUCAGUUCUGCUGCAUCUCCUACCUGAACCACGUCCUGGACGUCUGAGCGUCCUACCGCGCGUCUGUCUGUCUGUCUGUCCGUGUGUCACAUCUCCUACCUGAACCACGUCCUGGAUGUUUGAGUGUCCCAGCUCAUGUCUGUCUGUCUGUCCGUGUGUCACAUCUGCUACAUCUCCUACCUGAACCACGUCCUGGACGUCUGAGUGUCCCAGCCAGCGUCUGUCUGUCUGUCUGUCCGUGUGUCACAUCUCCUGCCUGAACCACGUCCUGGAUGUCUGAGAGCCCCCAGCCCACGUCUGUCUGUCUGUCCGUGUCACAUCUCCUACCUGAACCACGUCCUGGACGUCUGAGAGCCCCCAGCUCAUGUCUGUCUGUCUGUCCGUGUGUCACAUCUCCUGCCUGAACCACGUCCUGGAUGUUUGAGAGCCCCAGCUCACGUCUGUCUGUCUGUCCAUGUGUCACAUCUCCUGCCUGAACCACGUGCUGGACGUCUGAGCCACCCGGUCCGUGUCCGUCUGUCCGUCUGCCACAUCCCCUGCCUGAACUUGUGCCAGGAACUUCCGAGCCCAGAGCUCGAGUCCGUCUGUCCCUCCACGACCUGAAC